AUGCACGAAGAAGGAAAACAACCACAAUACAUGGAGGAAAGGGAGUACAGGAAGUUGUUUGGUUUAGAGAUUUACCUGACACCUGUAUUCGUGAUUUCCAGUAUCGCCAUCAUCGCCUUUGUCAUUGGAUCUCUCGUCUUCCAGGAGGGCGCGACAAAACUCUUUGGAGCCCUCCGCGUCUGGCUCACUACAAACCUCGACUGGCUGUUCAUGAUCACAACCAACCUUGUCUUUCUCUUUUGUCUGGUUGUGGCGGUCUCGCCACUCGGAAAGGUGCGCCUUGGGGGAGCAGAUGCGAAGCCUGAAUAUUCCUACUUAACAUGGCUUGCCAUGAUCUUUUCGGCAGGCGUGGGUAUCGGACUUCUAUUCUUUGGCGUGUUAGAACCGGUUACCUACUUUCAGAGUCCGCCGCUCGGAGUAGAAACGGUUUACAACACAGAUACGGUCUACACCGCUGAAAAUGUUCCCGAUGCUUCGGAUCCCAAGGUUCAGGCUGCCGGAUCUUUGGGAAUAGCCGCGACGGUCUUCCAUUGGGGACUGCAAGGGUGGGCAAUCUACGGAAUCGUUGGGCUGGCCCUCGCAUUUUUCGCCUACAAUCGGGGUUUGCCAUUGCUCAUCCGAUCCGCCUUUUAUCCCAUAUUAGGGGACCGGAUAUGGGGCUGGCCCGGGCACAUCAUCGAUACCUUCGCCAUAUUUGCAGGUAUCUUUGGACUUGCUACCUCCCUCGGUUUAGGGGUGCAACAGGUAACCGCUGGACUCAAUUAUCUGUUUGGGAUUCCGGCGAACGGCCUCACCAUGGUUCUCCUAAUUGUAUUUAUUACUGCAAUCGCGAUGAUUUCGGUGAUGACAGGGAUUAAUGUGGGUAUCAAACGUCUCAGCCAGUUCAACAUAAUUCUCGCAUUUGUGUUGCUUUUGGCUGUUAUCAUCCUCGGUCCAACGCUCUACAUUUUCCGCAGCAUUUUUACGAGCCUUGGCACCUAUGUUAUGAAAAUUGUGCCACUCAGUAACUGGAUCGGGCGCGAGGAUACUGGCUUCUUUCACGGGUGGACGACGUUCUACUGGGCGUGGUGGAUCGCUUGGGCACCGUUCAUCGGCACGUUUAUCGCUCGUAUUUCAAAAGGACGCACGGUGCGCGAGUUCGUAAUCUUCGUGCUGCUUCUACCGACACUGCUGUGUUUACUCUGGUUUAGUGCCUUUGGCGGCACUGCCAUCCACCAAUUUCUCACUGGGGACACCGGUGUAACCGAGAUUGUUGAGGCAUAUAAACCGGAACUCGCACUCUUCAAAAUGUUUGAAGGGCUCCCGUGGACAACGUUACUUUCCUGUAUCGGUAUGACAUUGACAAUCAUCUUUUUCGUUACCUCGUCGGACUCUGGUUCUCUGAUUAUUGACAUCAUUGCGGCGGGUGGGAAAGUUGACGCUCCUAUACCACAACGUGUGUUCUGGUGUACUGCAGAAGAACUCGAAUUUGAAAAACCAUUCAUUGAAUUGGAACGUCACCUUUCCCAACUGAAUGCCUUCUCGGAAGCGCAUCCUGAGUUAGAUCUCACGGAGGGUAUUGCGGCUCUCAAGGGGAAUGCAGACACGCUCACAAAACAGACAUUCCAGAAUUUGAGUCGCUGGGAUAAAGUACGCGAUAAACUAUACGGCGACGAUCGGGCACUCAUUGGUGGUUUCGCGUGGUUCGACGGACAACCUCUUGUUUACCUUGCACAACAGAAAGGCACGAACCUCGAAGAGCGACAGGAGAUGAAUUUCGGUUACACGCAUCCGGAGGGCUACCGCAAGGCAAGACGAUUGAUGCAGUUAGCAGGUAAAUUCAACCGACCCUUAAUCUGUUUUGUUGAUACGCCAGGGGCGCACUUUGAUCUUCGUUCCGAAGAAUAUGGACAGGCAAUGGCGAUCGCUGAGAACCUCGUUGAGAUGAUGAUGCUGCGUGUCCCGAUCCUUGUUGUUAUUAUCGGCGAAGGUGGAAGUGGUGGUGCUUUGGCAAUCGCAGUUGGAAAUCGCGUCUUGAUGAUGGAGUACGCCAUCUACUGUGUUGCCCCGCCCGAAGCCUGCAGCGGUAUCGUGUGGAAGGAUAAAGGCGAACACGCACCUGAGGCAACCGAAGGCUAUAAACCGACUGCCCCAGAUCUGCUUAAGUUAGAGAUCAUUGACCAAGUUAUCCGUGAACCGCUCGGCGGUGCACACAGAGAUGCGGAGGCAGCUGCCCGCAACGUCAAACGUGCAGUCCGUAAGCACCUCACUGAAUUGAUGCAAAUGACCCCUCAACAACUCGUCCAACAAAGAUAUGAGCGUUAUCGGCACAUUGGGCUUUAUGGCGAAGAUGCUGCUUGA